GACAUCAACAUUACAAAGAUCAAAGAUUAAUCUGAAUUGCGAAAUCUCGAAAUAGCGAUCGACGAUGAGAAUCUAAAAUUACGAAAAUAAUAUGAGGACAAGAUGACCCUGGUCUUAUAUUUCUCAUAUAAAAUUAGAAUACUAUACGAACUCAAUCUUCUUAUUGGGGACCUUUAAACAAUAGUGUUGUUUUUUAUUGUUUUUGUUUGUUUGUUUUCAUAAAUCUUAGCUUUAUGCCUUUGAGUUAAUUUUAUGUAGAGAAUAUUGCAUGAGUGUCUUUUCACAUUGGAUUUAUUAAAAGAGUAGAAAAAAAAAACAAGACCUUCGUUCAACGAGUUUAAUGAAUUAAAUGUGGAGACAACGAAUGUGUUUUUUAUAUGGUAGUUUUUCCUGUCGAAACACAAAAAAUAUGUGUUUUGUUUUGCUAGAUUUAUAAGUCAAUUUGACCAGAUUUUUCUACAAUAUAAUGGACGUCGACGUGGACGUCAAUGCUUUCUUAUACUAGUGUGUCAUCAUGUUUAUUUGAAAUGGAAUUUUACGCUCCCUGGACGUCAACAUGUGACAAGCUAAUUUAUUUUAUGUCGAUUGUGAAGUUAGUUCUACAAUUUAUAUCUACCACUAAUGACAACUAAUACCUGGUGGAAAAAAUUGCUGCAAGGUUAUGAGAGAAGACAAGCAAGUUCCCAAAUUUAUACUGAGUGCAAAGCAAGGCAGCUUCUGUCAGAGGAAUUUACAAAACAAUACGACUUUUUCCACCUAGACGAAAUGUGUGCUAAAAGAACCAUGCACCUCUUGAAAUUCAUCUGGAAACUUUUAAUGAUCAUUGUUUUAACAGGAAAUUUACAUAUAACUUUUAAAAUGUUAUAUUCGCCACAGAAAAUUCACACUCUAAAGGGUAAUCCGACCUUAAACAUGAGACUUAAAGAAGUUGAGAAAAAUAUGAAACUGACCCUUAAAAAGCCCUUGUUUGUACCAGUCAGUGCAAAGGAAAUGCAGGAUAAAAUAUUUUCAAUUCCAGAGUUUCCAUUCCUUGAUUCACUUUCGUUUGUCUUAGAACCAAAGUCAGAUUGCUCAAAAGCAUUCUUGAUAGCUUUAAUCCAUUCUUCGCCGUAUCACUUCGAACAACGUGACACGAUACGGCAAACAUGGACCAACAUUUCUGACUUUUCAAUGUUUGGACUUAUUCAAAGGGUUUUCCUGUUUGGGACAGUUAAUAACGAUAUAUUACAAAAAGCUAUUUUAUCUGAAAAUAACCUGUAUGGCGAUAUUUUACAAGGACGAUUCAUAGACCAUUAUUACAAUUUAUCAUUCAAUACUAUGAUGGGAUUUAAAUGGUUAAUACACAGAUGUGAAAAUGUUAAAGCUGUGAUGAAAGCUGACGAUGAUAUUGUUAUUGAUAUGUUUCGAUUUCUCAACAGUACGGUUUUAAGCUUAGUACAUAAACCGAAACAAGUUUUCUGCUAUUACGCAAGACGUCCUAUUGUCCGGGAUAUUAACUCUAAAUGGUAUAUUCGGAGUGAUUUAUUUAUAGGGAAAAAUGAAUACCCUGCUUACUGUGAAGGUAAACUUGUUAUGAUGACCUUUGACGUCUUACCUUCUUUGUACAGUGUUGCUUUACAAACACCAUAUUUCUUCAUAGAGGACGUGUAUAUGUACGGUCUAGUAAUCAAUAGGAUUAAAGGAUUGACAUUUAGUCAACUUGUGUGGGGCACUCAUUUUAUACCUGAAGUUAAUAAAGCUAUGGAAUGUUUAAUUCUAAAAAAAGACAAAUGUGAAGUUUUCGCAGUAGGAGUUUCGUCAAAAAAGGAAAUGAUAGAACUGUGGAAUCUCUUUAGACAACGUUACAUGACAAAUUAAUUCUGCACAAACGGAGCCGAACAUUUGAUAUGUACAGAUAAUAAAAUAUCUUAACACUCAAACAAUAUUAAUUUCUAACAUAAGUUCUGAAAUGAUCAUAUUGUGAAACAUUGUAACAAACCUGAGAAAGAAACUUAAAAGUACAAUACGGUUCAUAUGGAUUUAAACGAUUCAGCAAGCGGAUUUAGAGAACAAGUUUAUUCAUGAUCCUUCAAGAGGAAAGGUUAUUCAAAGGUUUUAUUGAUUCAAAUUACAGACCAGUAGAAGAGACAAGCGGUGCCAUUUAGAUAAAUCUAAUAGAAGACCUUUCAAGGAUGCCACAGAAUGAAUCUUUUGCUGAUCCAUCCAGUUGUUCAUGAGAAGUAUCUAUUUCAUUUCUAAAAGAAAAGUCUGUAAAAACAAUUUUGGAAGCAACGAGUGCAACCAAGAAGAACAGUAACAUACUCGGUUUGAUAAAGUCUGUUCAUGAGAGGUUAGAACUGUUGAACACCUCUUACCCCCUCUAGCACCAGCCUAAGCGGACUUCUAUUGCACAUAUGUUGAAUGGACUGCAUAAACCCAAAUGACCAAAAAGUAUAAUAACACUUAAUCAAAAUUCGAAGAGAUUUUCUACAGCCGCCAAACAACACCUAAAGAUUGCUGUUGAAAUGACGUUUGAAAAACGUAUGGACGGAUGGACAUACAACUAGUAGUCACACUCGCUCAUAACAUGACUUGGUGUGUUGAUUGAUCUAAGACAAAUGCAUUUUGUCACACUUGUUUCUCACACUUUGUUUUAACGGACAUAUUUUUCGAUCACUGCAACUAAGAAGUUGUCAUCGUUACAAUGUCAAUAGUAUAAUCGCCUUGAUAAUAAGAAAUCUGAAUUCCAUUACUAAGCUGACCAUGCAUAUUGUUUCUGUAUUAAGGGGACCAUUUGUUUAUUCUUACUUCGCGUCUAACAUGAAUCAUAUUAAAGCAAAAAAAAAAAAAAAAAGGAGUAAGUACGUAUGAACUUGUUGUUUUGAAACACGCAUUAAAACCGAUAUACAUGAUAAUUGGUCAUCUUAAUAUUUUGUGUAUAAUAUUGCAUUAAGCAGACAGACAUGUGACGUUUAGGUCAGCCUCCACCAGUGUGUGUUAACAAUGUGUAAUAAUAAGUUUGUUUAUUUCAAGUAUACUGUAUUCAGCCUCUGUUCCCAGGGUCUCGACCUCUGGAUUUUAACCAUAUACCUUAUAUCGUAUGCAUUUGUUUACUGACAUUUUUAUGAAGCCGCGACAUUUUUUUUUGCCAGACAUUACGCAAAACAAAAUUAGAUAUUAAUUGCUAUAGAGCUUUGUAAAUAGUGAAAGCAAUUUUAUCAUACAACUGUCUUGAGUUUAUCUUUUACAGUAUUAUUAUUAUAAUGUGCUUCAGUAAUGUGUUUUUAAUAUAAUAUAUAUAUAUAUAUUAUUUUUUUUAUAAAAAAUGCAUUGAGGAGACAUUAAAUGUAAAUAGCUUACGGAAAGCAGUGGAUAAAGAAGAGAAAACAGAAACAGCAAACAGGUCGUUAUUGGAAUGACUUCCAUUACGGAACAUUUCAAAAAAGGAAAGAGAAGGCCAUCAGAGCUAUAUCGGUAACUUUACUGCUUUUGAUCAAAGUUAAAUGAACGCAAGAAGAAAACAAACAACAACAGUGUUAUCGUUAAAAAGGAUUUGUAGCAAUUCAAACUUUAUAUAGAUAUUCAGUCGAAAAUUUCGUAGUUGCAGGAACUUUUACCGUCCUGUGUAUAACUAGCUUAUUAAAUACACCUAUUUAUUUACAAAAAUAUACUCUGGCAAAAUGACGGUUACGGGUAUCAAUUGCCACGACUUGUUACUAAUGCAGCAAUAUACACAGAAUAUCACUGCGGUCACGUAUAUGCCGUGAUAAUUUUGAUGGCGGAAUAAGACCGGAUAUUAUUUCAUCACGAACGAGAACCUAAGUGGAUCUACAGACCUUCAAAAAGCCAGCUGGAUGGCUUCCUAACAUGAAAGGAUUCUACACACUAAAGGAUGUUUCGAGCCACUGGCGUUAAGGGGCAAGCGAUUCGAAGUAAGCAGCCUCAACCACAUGACCGAGAAGCCACCUAAACGGCGGCCAAUUGAAAUAUACUUCAAAACUGUUGAAUUCUAAUUUAAAGGCAAAUAAAUCUCACUGUCUCUUUACGUAUAAGACAUCCUUAAUGCGGCUACACGUGCCAUUUAAAAUGUAUGAUGACAUUACAAUAAUCUUCAAACUCAAGUUUGAAUUUAUCUGUACAUGUGAUAAAUGUUUUUAUUUUCAAAUAUUUUGUAAGAUAUUGCUAUUUAUACAGAAUAUUUUGUAGGCCUAUCUUUCUUGAAUUUUCGGUGUAACAUUUAUUUGUCCGGUUGUACUAGAUCUACGUGAGUCGGUGUAAACAUGAACUGAAUGUGAGCCAACGUAUAUCCUUUGAUGAUCUUCGACAGUCCUGAAUAAUUUCGUGUAUUCUAACUAACAAUCAACUGCAUUUUACAGAAAAGAGUUCAAAAAUUCAAAUUUAUAAAUAAAACACACCUUCCGUAACCGGUAACGUGAAGGUUGUUUGUGUUUGUGGGUGAUAGAAAAAUCCCUUUUACACGUUUUCUGUUAAAUUAAAUUAAAUUCUGUUCUCAUAGCUGUAUCGAUAUGUUAUAAAGGAAACUUCUUACGGUUUUUCUCAGAUGUAGGUCUGGGCUCAAACUUAAAGCAAUCUGAAGCAUUCCCGCCUUGACUCAAAUUUUAUCCACGUAGUCAGACUGGCAUGGUCGACAGCUAAUUUAGUUUACCCUCAUUAAAUUCGGGACUCAGUUAGCUUAAAUAUUUACAUAAUUAACUGUCGUUGGGAUAGCUAUGCACAACAGAGCCCACAUAUGUGCCGCCUAUGCACUUGAUCGCUCGAAAUAUUUAGUGACGUCUUAUAUUGUAUGACAUAAUUACACUUUAGAGUUUGAAAAGUUAUUGUGUAAUGGCGAGCUUGUUAAAUGAGUAAAUAGCUAUAUUCUAAGAAGGCUACAGUUGACGACUUUGUAUCGUACAGGUUCUUCCUGGAUUAUGCAUUUGAAAACUACUGUGAUUAAGGUAUAGGUCCAUGUUUCAGAGAAAAAAGUUCGAACGUCAUCAAAUGAUAGACAGAAAGCAUUGUUUUACUUGAAAUUUUAACAGCGUAUAAAACAUUUAUAUUAUCCUACAAAACCAUUGUCAAUUUACUGAUAUAUGUAUUGAAUUCCGGUAAGGGACUGCAUGAAGGGGCCACACUUCUGGACAGUUCAGCGCCUUUAAAAACUCACCAUUUUUAAAAGCUGUUUCACGUCUUCGUUUUCGAUGCAUUUGCAACAUCGUGCGAGUGUUUAAACUUUACAUAACUAGGUAAAACAUCGUUUUGACAAUUGUUUACAUUUCUUCUUUACAAAUGGCAUUCUCAUUUAAAGGGGGACAACUCCUUAAGAAUAUUUAAAGUAUCCAACUCUGUGGGACAGAACAGUAAAACAUGUAUUGGACAGAUAAGUUGUGUGUCAAGAUGCUGUUCAUUCGUUAACAAAAUCUGUUGUUUUGUGAUAUACUGCUGAACCUUAAAGAUAUUGUUUCAAAUGCAGUUCAGUUACUUGCCUAAAUUCUUCGAAACACUGCCGCAGAUUGACUAGAUCAAUUUUCGGAUGAUAGAUUUUCUGUGUAAAACUUCUGAAUUUGAAAAUUGUGCAGUGAACUGGUCAUCGAUUGGGAGGAUUUAAGGAUUUAUGGAAUUAUGAUUAAAGGAUAGAUCUAGUGAAUACUUAAUGACAGGAUUCUUUCAUACAAAGAAAUUUCUUUUUCUUAUCUUCAUUUUUACAUUUUUCAAAAUUUCGUAUCUAUACUAACAUGUAAAUUCUAUUUUAACCCAUUUUUUUAUGGGAGGAAACAAUAGUUUUUAAGUGUAAAAAUAAGUGUGAAACGUCCCCGAGGAAUAACACGUGAAAUUUCCCGAAAAUCUCCAAAAUAGAGAAUAUUUUGCAAUGGCGACCAGAAAUAAACAACAGUGAUUUUCUAUACAAAAAUGACAUUCAGUCGCACGGGAAAACCAGAUGAUUGUUGCGAAAAUCCUUGAAAUUCCCGAGGUUAGCAUUUUUUUAAUUCACAAAAAUAUGUUUUGUGUUCUUUGAUCCCGUUCCAUUUCUUCAUAUCAGUCCAAAGUUGAGGUCCAAAAUUAGGUCGAACAGACUAUAAUAGUUUUUUUUACGAUUUUUUACCGAGUGCAACAGAAAAAAAUAUUUUCACAGUGAAUAACCAGAUAAAUAUUACAAAUAAUUUAAUAAUACCUGAAAAACAUGGAAUUGAACAUGUAACAUUACAUUGUCAAAACUAUCUUAUAUUCAAUUGAUAAUGAUGAUAGACUCAUUUGAUAUCCGUCAUGUGUCUUGAGACCUCUGUAAUUUGAACACAGUUGUAUUCAAAUCUAUAAUUCAUAUCUUUACAAGGUCAACAGUCAAAGUAAUUAGCCGACUGUGAAUAAGCAUAUGUUUUGAAAAUAAACAAAGCGGUUUGAUCUAUAAUUUCAUGUUCAUUUAUUAAAACCAUUGUGUAAAUUACUGAAUACAUAUUGCAUACCUAGCAUUCCAUCUUUGUUGAUCAUUUUGUCAGCUGUUGAAUUUUGCACAAUAUAUAAUUUCAUAUUCAAAUCAAGAAGGAUAUGUCAUGCAUUAGUAACGUUCACCGGGGACACUUUUAAAAGGCUAGUCCAAAUGUCAGUGUCAUUUGGAUUAUCAUUGUAAGAAAAUGGUUUUGUUGUUUUUUCUUCUGUUGUAUUAGAAUAUGGUAAUCUGUUAUUUGAAAAUGCCAGACCGGAGAGUUACAAUAGGACAGCUUUGGUUGAUCUGCGGGCAAAUAACCAAGGUACUUCUAUUCUGAUAAUUCAUUUAGGUGUGUCUUAAAAUUAGAGCAUUAUUUUAGGACGGCAUGGUAGAACUACUGACCUUCUGCAAGUCAGUAGAAUGGCUUCCUCAAAUGAAAACAAGAGGAGGGCUCAUGCCCUUGGAGUCGGGGGACAGGUGACUUUAACCAUUCAGACACAGAGGCUCCAUGUACAAAAAAGGUCAUAACUCAAAAAGAGACUAAAACAUUACUUCACAUAACUGUAUGAUUGACAGAUAAUAUUUCUGUGAUGAGGCUGCAAACUUAGAUUAUGAAGCUAUUUCAUAUUCAGUUUUAAAAUAGCUGGCAUUCUGAUGAGGCUUUGUUUAAGCCAGAAAUUCUUGGAACAGAAGCUAAUUUGGGUCAUAAAAAAGUAUAUUCCUUGCAAGAAACAUUACCCUUGUCGUCAGUUUUUUUUUGUUGCCAAGGGCAGCGGUGUUAUUGUGACUGGUGAUGGCGUUUCUACCUUUGGUAAUUCUAUACAUUAACUUGUUUAUUUUCUGUGAUCCUUUAUCAAGAGUUAACAUUGUAUUUGUAAUAUUUUCAAGUCAUGUUAAGAUGGUCAACUAACCAAAUCAGAACUCCAGUUUUCUACCAGCAUUCAUUCUAGCGUUCUCUACAAUGAACUCUAAACAUUCCCAAAGAAAUUGGUGUCGGAGAACGUAUGACAUUAGACAUACUUGUCGUCUGCUCUUGAUUUUAAAACACCUGCUAAAACUGGUACAGACAGCCAGAGGAAAAAAAAAUAAAGUACGAUAUAUAUCACUAAGGCAACCAGCCAGAGGACGGAAGAUUCGAUUGCUGCUAGAGUAACAAUUGCAUGCUUUUCUUUUUAUAUAUACACCACACAAAAGUUGUAUGUUGGCUUAAAUACACUGCCUGACGGGAAGGUAGUUUUGAAAUGGUAGAUUGAACUUAUAUUCGGGUGUGAAAUAGACGCACGUCUUAAUUGUUCUGGUAAAUUAUCUACUAUUGAAAAAAGUUUAAUGUGUGUUUAUUAGUAUCUUAUUUUGCAUUUUUCUCCUUGACACGUGCACAACAUACAACUGUUAUUGUCAAGGUUUAUACAUAAUGGUUCCAUGCUAUAAUGAUUUCAUCAAUGUUUAUAGAUACUCGGCAAUGAAUGUAAAUUACUCUUUGGUAAAAAUGGGUUAGAGUUUUUUUUAAAGAUAACUUAAUCACUAUCUUCUCUUUACUAAUAUUUCGACAGCUACAAAGGUCGAUAAAGUCCGUUAGUUUACAUUUAUUUUUAUAAAAAUUAAAUAUGUCAUUUUUAUAAGAAAAUAGAUAUUUUUCGCCUAUAUUUGUGCAUUAUGUAUUUUAUAUAAGUUUAAUAAACUUUACGGCAAUCACA